GAGAUCGCGGUCCCCAUCCAUUCCAGCAUCACCCGUCGCCCCCGCUCUCUUUCCUCCGUCUCCCUCGUCCUCCUCUGCUUUUUAUUACUCUUCUCCACUCAUUAGCUUUUGGUUGGUGUUGGUUGGUUCCCUUCUUGAGAGUUGCGAGAACCCCCGAAACCCAACUGGUCCAUCAUCAUCCAUCCCCAAGCGGAGAGAGAGGGAGAAGAAGCAAGGACCGGAGAGGUAGGACGCCAGCCGCGGUGGGCGCGCCAUAAGGGGAAGCACGCGCGACUCUCCCGCCCGAGAUCCAAGAACCGCGAGAUCCGCCCGUACCCUUCGCUUGCUGCCGUCGCCGGCGAAAUCCUCUUCCUUGAUGCGGCCGGAGCGCUGCCUCGCGAGUGCUUGAACUCCCGGAGACCACCGUGUCCAUGGCGCGCUUCUUGGGUGCCGGGGAGGAGCAAGAGGAGUUCUUUGACUCGAGGGAGGUCCUAUCGCCGGCGUCCAUCUCGUCGCCGGUGACUUCCGGCCGCCACGACGAUGGGUGGCUCUUUGACGAGUCGCUGCUCGAGGUCUGGGUCAGGGACCCGUGCAGCGUCCAGGAGCGCCGCCAGAGGUUCGUCAAGUCCCUGGGCCUCUUGGAUUCUAAAUCCAACGGCGCUCGGGCAGACGACGAGCCGUGCUUGAAGCCUGAGGCCACCGAAGAGAUCCUACCGAACAGCCCCAGUGCCGAGUUGUACUCAGCCGCCCCUACCUUUGCGUGUAGGGGUGGGGAGCCGACAACAUCCGGUGACGAUGGUGCUGGCAUGGAGGGCUUGAAGUUGGAGUGCGUCUUCAAGAACCUGGACGAUGGCACAGUGUUUGUGGUCGACGAGAUGGGUAAGGAUGGGAGCUUCCAGAGCCUUAGGGAGAGGCGAUCCAACCGGACAGUAACUGCAGCAGAAUUCGAGCAGACCUUUGGCUCAUCACCUUUCAUCCGUGAGCUGAUGCAGAGGGUGGACGAUUCGGAUGAACCUUCCACCCCGGAGAAGAUUGUGAUGAGGAGAAAGAGGAGGAAAAGACUUGGAUGGCUGCGAAGGCUGGGCAUUGGUGCUUGUGUUGGCGAUGCAGAGGAAGACGAUGAGAUCAAUUCGACAUCAUCUAGUUCUCGCCGGAGUUGCUCUGGGAAGGUUGAUAGAGUCAAGGUGAGACCCUACAAGAAGCGAUCAAAGGAAUUAUCUGCAGUGUACAAGGGCCAAGUCAUCAAGGCGCAUGAAGGUGCUAUUUUGACCAUGAAGUUCAGCUCUGAUGGCCAAUAUCUGGCUACUGGAGGUGAGGAUGGGGUUGUUCGUGUGUGGCGCGUGGUGGAAGGCAAGAGGCCUGAUGAUCAUGAUUUUGUUGAGGACGAUCCUUCAUGUGUGUUCUUCACAGUCAAUGAAAACUCUGAAUUGGCUCCCAUCAAUUCCUGCGAAGGGGGUAAGGGCAAGCAUAGCAAGAGUUCAAAGGGGGCUGCAGAUCCAGCCUGUGUUGUGAUUCCUCACCGAACCUUUGCGCUAUCUGAGGAUCCUGUGCAUGAAUUUCAUGGGCAUGAUGAUGUCAUCUUGGAUCUUUCAUGGUCAAAAAAUAGGGAAUUGCUUUCUGCAUCCAUGGAUAAAACUGUUCGAUUGUGGAAGGUCGGGUGCAAUAGUUGUCUGAAGGUUUUCUCCCAUAAUAACUAUGUGACAUGCAUCCAGUUUAAACCUACCAAUGGUGAUUAUUUCAUCAGUGGUUGUAUUGAUGGGAUGGUACGAAUUUGGGAUGUUCCUAGAUGCCAAGUUGUGGACUGGGCUGACAACAAAGAGAUAGUCACUGCAGUUUGUUACAGCCCUGAUGGAAAGGGCGCAGUGGUUGGGUCAUUAACAGGAAACUGCAGUUACUAUGACGCAUCAGAAAAUCAUCUAGAGCUGGAAUCCCAAGUCCCCCUGUAUGGCAGAAAGAAAUCUCCACUUAAAAGAAUAAUUGGUUUCCAGUAUUGCCCAUCUGAUCCAAAGAAACUGAUGGUGACGUCUGGUCACUCCCAAGUUCACAUUCUCGAUGGGGUUCAUGUAGUUUCCAACUACAAAGGAUUGCGAAGUUCAAGUCAAGCUGCUGCAUCAUUCACAUCAGAUGGAGAUCACAUUAUUUCUGCUAGCGAUGACUCCAGUAUCUAUAUGUGGAAUUAUGCAAAUCAAAUUGCCCCUGUCACAAGCCGUUCAAAGACCAUAUGGUCAUAUGAGCGCUUCUUCUGCAAUGAUGUGUCUGUUGCAAUACCAUGGAACGCCUCACCUGCAAAGAGUUCUAUUUCUCUGGCUUGCAACAUCCCUUCUUUACGGCAACAGGUCUCUGAUGAGAUUCACAACUUGCAAGAAUAUACGUCAUACUGCCAUGCUGAAGAUUCGUUUGAAGGUGAUAGCUUGUAUCAAUUGCCAUCUGGCAAUUUCACUCUUAGUAGUACAUUCUUUGCUGAGUCGAUGCCAAGGGGAACAGCGACAUGGCCUGAAGAGCAGCUACCAUCCAAUUCAGUGGCUCCAUCAUCCACCUUGCGUAAAUCUCAGUAUAAGUUCCUGAAGACUUCUUGCCAGAGAGCAAACACGCAUUCUUGGGGUCAGGUCAUAGUCACCGCUAGUUGGGAUGGCCACAUCAGGUCAUUCCAGAAUUAUGGUUUGCCUGUGCAAGUGUGACAUGGUGCAAGGCAUGCAUCUUUUCGCUGUUGCUUGAUCAGUGGAUAUCCAAGAGACGGCAGCUGAGAAGCCCAUUACAAAACUUUUAUGCCUCUAGAAGCUUGGUUGGCUGAAGUUGACGCUCGUCCAGAUCAUGAUUACAGUACAAAUAAAACAGUCACAUGUUUGGGUGCUUGUACUGAAUUGCUUGCGGUCCAGAAGUUGUAUGUAGUCCAGUGGUCCUGCAAGAUCUCGACAGCGUCGGCACAUUGUAGGAGGCCCGGAGAAGAUGGAUCGCCUCACAAACCAAACUUUGCUCAAUGAGUGGGGUUCGGGCAGUGCUUUGAUGUUGUUCCUUUUCUUUGUUUUUGCUCCCUCGGGGGUCCUUCGUAAAUAUAUAGUGGAUGGAUAAACAUAGUUUUGCCCAUUCUAAGUCCCCUUGCCCUGAUCCGAGAUGGUCGACAAGGCUAGUGGGGAGGUAGAGGUAGAGUUCACUGUUGUAUAGGAAAAUUCAGUUCGGGGGGUGCACAGAUUGGAUUCAUUUGAUUUGUUUACAUGCCAUCAUCGUUCACAUCAUAGCCUGCCUUUAUGAUGAACUGAUGCUUCUAUUUUUUUGUGUGUUGGAGAUGCCA